AUGUCUCAAUCGUUCCCAGUGGCUAGCGAUUUGAACGCUACUUGGUCAUUUAUUCAACCAGGGUUAGAAUUUAUUUUAGGAGCUCAAGGUGAUCAGGGGGUGACGUCGAAGAUGUACAUGAACUGUUAUACAGCUAUUUAUAAUUAUUGUGUCAAUAAAUCACGCCAUGGAUCUGCCAACACACCUGUGAGUGCAGUGUCGGGAAAUAAUUCGUAUUCGUUAGCAGGAGCAGAAAUCUACGCAAAAUUGGAUGAAUACCUAGUGCAAUUUAUUACGAGCUUGAAAAAGGAUCCUCUGGAUUCGUUCUUGGAGUUUUAUGUUAAGAGGUGGACAAGAUUUACCAUAGGGGCAGGCUACAUGAAUAAUGUGUUUGAUUAUAUGAACCGUUAUUGGGUCCAGAAGGAAAGAUCAGACGGAAGAAGAGAUGUUUUUGAUGUCAAUACGUUGUCGUUGUUGAAAUGGAAGAGUCAUUUGUUUAAUAAUAAUGCGGAUAGAUUAAUCGACGAGGUGUUAGAUCAGAUCGAGAAACAGAGAAAUAAUGAAAUUGUUGAUACGAAUUACAUCUCAACGGCUAUCAAGUCAUUAGUAUACUUGGGUAUUGACAUUCAGGACUUGAAAAAACCUAAUUUAGUGGUAUACAUCAAACAUUUUGAGCAUAAAUUCUUACAAAAAACUGCUGAAUAUUACAGCAAAGAAAGUGCUAAGUUUCUUUCACAACAUAAUGUAGUUGAUUACAUGAAGAAAUGUGACACAAGAUUGUCUGAAGAAGUUUCCAGAUCUAAUAACUAUUUAGACAACCACACUAAAAAGUUUUUGUUGGAAACCCUUAAUACUGUUUUAAUCAAGGAUCAUGCUCAGGCGAUGUAUGAUCAGUUUUUAAGGUUAUUAGAACAAGAUGAAAUCGACCAUAUUCAGAUUAUGUAUAAAUUAUUAGCUCGCGUUCCGUCAACAUUACAACCAUUAGCGGAUACUUUAGAGAAAUACAUUAAAGAUGAAGCCUCAAAGGCAAUAGAAGAAAUUAAAAACCCGUCCGAAGAUAUAGAAGAUCCAUCCAAACAGUCUGCAGACGCAAAAUCUUCAAAGAGAACUACUGCUGGUCUUGUUAGUCCAAAAGCUUAUAUUCAUACAUUAAUCAGUAUUUAUAUCAAAUUUAAUGAUAUUGUUACCGUUGCUAUUAAUAAGGAUCCAAUAUUCAUUAAAUCUUUGGAUAAUGCAUGCCGCUACUUUGUCAACAAAAAUUCGAUUGCCAUUCCAACCCCUAAAUCCAAUUGUAAGACUCCUGAUCUAUUGGCUAGAUAUGCCGAUGGAUUCUUAAAAGCUACUAGUAGAGAGUCGGAUAUAAUUGGCAUGACCCCGGAUAAUUUGAUGAUUAUCUUCAAAUUCAUUGAUGAUAAAGAUGCAUUUGAAGAACAUUAUCGUCGUUUAUUGGCCAAGAGAUUAAUUAAUAAUAACACUAAAUCAGACGAAUUAGAAGAAAGCAUCAUCCAGAAAUUACAAGAAGAAAAUUCUUUAGAAUAUACAUCCAAAAUGACGAAGAUGUUUCAAGAUAUGAAGUCUUCCGAAGAUUUGAAAGUGAAUGUAAGAGAAGAAUUAGGCCAAACCGAUAAUCAGGUUAAGGAUUUCACACCAUUGAUUUUAGCUCAAAGCAUGUGGCCAUUUAAGCAUCUGGAUGACUAUAAAUUAAAGCUCGCACCCGAAUUAAUGCCAUCAUUUAAUAAAGUUCAAGAAAUCUAUAAUAAGAAACACACUGGAAGACAGUUGCAGUGGUUAUGGAAUCAUGGAAAGAGUGAGGUGAAGGCUAAUUUAUCACGUAAAGGAAAGCCUCCAUUUCUUUUCACUGUCAGUAAUGUCCAAUUAAUGAUUCUUUUAGCAUUCAACAAAUCGAACACUUUCUCAUUUAAAGAGUUAUUCGAUACUGUGGGUGUCGCUAAACAUACUUUUGAAGCCCACUUAUUACCGUUCACUAAAUAUAAGUUAAUUGACCAAAGCCCACCAGGAGCUGAGCUCUUUAAUAAGGAUGACACCAAGUUCACAAUUGUCGAGGAAUACAAAUCUAAAAAGUUGAGGGUCAAUUUUGUGAGCUCAAUUAAAACAGAGCAAAAACAAGAAGAGGAAAAUACUAAUAAAGAAAUUGACGAAUCAAGAAGGAAUUAUCUCUCUGCUUGUAUCGUCAGAAUAAUGAAAGCCAGAAAGCAAAUGAAGCAUAAUGAGUUAGUUAAUGACGUAGCUACACAAUCGUUAUCGAGAUUCCGUGCUAAGAUCAUUGACAUUAAGAGAGUUAUUGACUACUUGAUUGAAAAAGAAUAUUUGCGCCGUAUUGACAAUGAUACAUACGAAUAUUUAGCUUAG